AUGAUCAGGGCCCUACUGCUGUCUGCAUUGGUGGCUGGAGCUCUCAGCUGUGGGCUUCCCACUUAUAUGCCCCAACUGCCCAAGGUGGUUGGAGGUGAAGAUGCAUUGCCCAACAGCUGGCCCUGGCAGGUCUCCCUGCAGUACAGUUCCAGUGGCCAGUGGCGCCACACCUGUGGAGGAUCCCUGGUGACCAACAACUGGGUCCUGACUGCUGCUCACUGCAUCAGCUCCUCUAGGACCUACCGUGUGGUGCUGGGACGGCAUAGCCUGUCCACAGAAGAGCCUGGCUCCCUGGCCGUCUUAGUCUCCAAACUUGUGGUGCACAAGGACUGGAACUCCAGCCAGCUCUCCAAAGGGAAUGACAUUGCUCUGCUCAAACUAGCCAACCCUGUCACCCUGAGUGACAAGGUCCAGCUGGCCUGCCUCCCACCUGCUGGCAGCAUCCUGCCCAACAACUACCCCUGCUACGUCACAGGCUGGGGAAGGCUGCAGACCAAUGGGGCUCUUCCUGACAUCCUGCAGCAGGGCCGUUUGCUGGUUGUGGACUAUGCUACAUGUUCCAGCCCUGGCUGGUGGGGCAGCACCGUGAAGACCAACAUGGUCUGUGCUGGUGGCGAUGGUGUGAUCUCCAGCUGCAACGGGGACUCCGGGGGACCACUGAACUGCCAAGCAGCUAAUGGCCAGUGGGAAGUACAUGGUGUGGUCAGCUUCGGGUCCUCCCUUGGCUGCAACUACUACCACAAGCCCUCUGUCUUCACACGUGUCUCUAAUUAUAUCGACUGGAUCAAUUUGGUGAUUGCAAAUAACUAA